AUGGUGAACUACUCCGAUCACAGCAUCCACAUCCUCCUCCUGCCUGUCAUGAUACCUGGAGAUGCUGAUAUCAACAAGGGUGAAGGCGGGAAGAUGGCGGAUGGGGAGGAAGGAAGAAUGGUACCAGGCUGGCCCAGGCGGAUGAUCAAGCCCAGUACACGCUAUCAAGGCCCAGAGUGGAAGGUCUACGCCGAGGUUGAGUUGGUCGGCGGGAACACCACGGUCAGAUAUUCUGUUUCCACCUUGUUCUCCACCAAAUUUCCUGUUCUCCACCAAAUCCUUGGUUCUUUCCAAUCGAUUAAUCUAGCGUCAAUUCCUGAUUAUCUUCUCCGCCCUCAGUAUCAAACUCGUGAUCAGAAACGCAUCAACCAUAUGGAGAUUCAGUUGAGCGACCUCGCCAAUAUGAUGAAGGAGCUUCAAACGCAGAACGCGUCCAUUCAGCGCACACUGACCGACAACCUCGCGACGCUCCAGGAUGUGGGGGUGUGGCGGCCUCAGAUCGAUGCCAAGGUCGACGACCUCCACAAAUCCGUGACGGAUCUACGCCUCAAGGUGGAUCACCUGAUUUCGCACCCGCCUGCGACAGAUCGGGCAAAGCAGGUCUUCGACAACGACCUCAUCGACCUCACGAAGCCGACAACUGCACAUCUGGUUGCGUCCUCAUCGGAGGCGGCUUCAGGGCCGUUAGGCCACGGCGAACAACACAGCCACCGGGGUAUUGGCAACAGGGUGGUCACCACCAUCGUGCCGACCCCGGUCAAAGUGCUCAGCAAUUUUUUUGCUCUGAAUCAAGCUAUUCCUCAGCAAGAGUUUCCUAAGUUCGAUGGUAUGAGUCCCAAAUUGUGGAAGAAACAUUGUGAGUCAUACUUUGAUGUUUAUGCGGUACCUGAGCAUUUGUGGGUGAAGAUAGGUGUGAUGAAUUUCGUAGGCUCGGCUGCUUUCUGGUCACAAUCUGUAGAAUCUAUAUUGCAGCAUUGCUCAUGGUCUGAUCUCUGCGCAGCUAUUUGUAGUCGCUUUGAGCGUGAUCAGCAAAACUCUCUUAAUCAUCAAUUUUUUAGACUCAAACAGACCACCACAGUAGCUGAGUAUAUUGAAAAAUUUGAUGAACUCAUUAAUCAGAUUCUGGCUCAUGACCCAUGUUUUAGCCCUCAUGUUAUCACCAGUAGGUUUGUAGAUGGUUUGAAAGAUGAAAUUCGUGUUGUUGUUUUAGUUCAUCGCCCUUCCAGUAUGGAUGCUGCUUGUUCUCUGGCCCUUUUGCAGGAAGAGGUCCUAUCAGACUCGUCUUCCACCGAAUCUCACGGUACCAGUGGACCUUCGGGUUUUCGAGCUCGAGCAUUCAAGCCACAAUGGUCAGCUCCUCAUACAUCUCGUGUGGCAACAGCAGUGUCCAAUGUAACUCCUGUCAAAACUAUCGAACCACCUAAGCUAUCAGGUGUGGAGGAGAAGCUUCAGAAUAUCAAGAACUAUAGAAGAGCUAAGGGUUUAUGUUUCAAAUGUGGAGACAAAUGGAACCCCAACCAUAAGUGUUCCACUACGGUGUCCUUGAAUCUAGUGGAAGAGAUGUGGCAACUUAUUGACAACUCUAAUGAUCAAGAUCAGUAUCACUCUGAUUCUGGUGAAGAUUUGAUGCAACUUUCAUUGUCAGCGGUUCAAGGCACUGACAACGUGCAAACUAUCAGGUCAUAUUUGCAACAUGCACCAUUUAUUAUCAAGACUGAUCAGAAAAGUUUGGAAAAUCUGACAGAUCAAAGACUAACUACACCAUGGCAGCUGAAGGCAUACACUAAAUUGUUGGGACUCAAUUAUAAAAUCAUGUACAAGAAGGGUACUGAUAACUCAGCUACUGAUGCCUUGUCUAGAUUACCACUUGCUGCUAAUCACUGCUCUGAACUCUUUGGCCUCUCAGUUUCACAACCAGUUUGGGUUCAGCAGAUAGUAGACUCUUAUAGCACUCAUCCUCCUACUCUUAAAUUGUUGCAAGCUCUCAGUGUGUCUGCUAUACAAGGUCAUUUUGUGCUGGAUAAGGGUGUCAUCAAAUACAAGAAUAGGAUAUGGGUGGCUAGUAGUCCAGUUGUGCAACAGAAAAUACUGUCUGCCUUGCACAGUUCAGCUAUUGGUGGUCAUUCAGACUGUGCUGUUGCUGAUCUGCAAGUCUGGCUUAAAGAACGUCGCCUUAUGCAACAGUUGCUGCAUCAGCAACUUCUUUGGGUUCAGCAGCGUCAGAAACACCAAGCUGAUAAACACAGGACUGAACGCGCAUUUCAAGUGGGUCAAUCAGUGUUUGUCAAACUACAACCUUAUGUUCAGUCCAGUUUGGCCCAUCGAGUGAAUCAGAAGCUGUCUUAUCGUUAUUUUGGUCCAUUCAAGAUUGUUCAGAAGAUUGGCGUUGUGGCUUAUAAACUCCAACUUCCGGCAGAGUCUUCAGUGCACCCAGUUUUUCAUGUCUCUCAACUCAAACUCGCCGUCAGCUCUACUAUGCAGGUCAGUGCUGAUAUUCCCCCUGCUCCAUCUCCAUUCCAGUACCCCUUGAAGAUUCUGCAACGACGUCAUACUGAACCUCAUCGUUCUGAUCAAAUCCUGGUUCAUUGGUCGGAAUGGCCCGAGCAUCUUGCAACCUGGGAGGACGAACAAGCCCUGAAGCUUACUUUCCCGGCGGCACCAGCUUGGGGGCAAGCUGGAUCUCAAGAUGGGAGGAAUGUCACGGUACCUGGAGAUGCUGAUAUCAACAAGGGUGAAGGCGGAAAGAUGGCGGAUGGAGAGGAAGGAAGAAUGGUACCAGGCCGGCCUAGGCGGAUGAUCAAGCCCAGUACACGCUAUCAAGGCCCAGAGUGGAAGGGCCACAUCAACCCGUUCCUCCACUUCGCCAGGCGCCUCGCCGGCCACAGCGGCGUGCGUUGCACUCUGGCGGUCACCCGUUUCGUCGCCGGCUCGACUAGGCCGGCCACCGGCUCGGUCCACGUCGCCGUCUUCUCCGACGGAUGCGACGCCAACGGCCCCGACGGGGUAGGAGGGCACCGCGGGCCCUACUUCGAGCGGCUCAACUUCGCCGGGCCGAGGGCGUGGCGCGGCGUGCGCGGCGUUCCACACGCAGACGUGCGCCGUGGACGUGCUGUACUCGCACCUGCUGGCCGGCCGGACAGGCAGCCCCGCCGCCAGUUCUUAGGUUUGGGCACCGCGGACCACGUGCUUGUCAAUUCAUUCUACGACUUGGAGCCGCAGGAAGCAGAUUACUUGGCUUCGACGUGGGGUGCCAAGACGGUAGGCCCAAACAUGCCAUCGGUGAACCUCGACCACCACCUUCCGGACGACGAUGACGACAACGUAUCCUACGGCGUCCACCUCCACACCCCAAUGGCGACAGAAUGCAAGGCCUGGCUGGACGCCCACCCGCCGGUCUCCGUCGCUGGACGUUCUGGCGCACCCCUCGGUUGGGUGCUUCGUGACGCACGGCGGAUGGAACUCCACCUUGGAGGCGAUCAGCUCCGGCGUGCUCAUAGUGGCGAUGCCGCACUGGUCGGACCAGCCGACAACGCCAAGUACGUCCAGGACGUGUGGCGCGUCGGCGUGUGGGUACGGCCGGAUUCUGAUGGAGUGGUCACAAGGAAGGAGGUGGAGAGGUGUGUGUGGCAGGUGAUGGAAGGGGAAAGGUGA